CUGCGAAAGUGGUGUAAUCCUUUGGUGCACUCGCUUCAACGCUCCGAACGUUCGUAUCUUGUGUCUCGUUCGCGUUUCGCAAAGAUAAAGUGUACGUUAGCCGCUUAGGUGCUUUUAUCAUUCUUUGAUUAGUCUUCGCGGAACUCGUCGACCAGCGAAAUAGUUUUUUUUUUUUUUCGCGAAAGUGCGGACUUCAAAGCGAAAAGAUAUUACAAAGUGUUACACAAUUGUUUAAAUUUUCGUCAUUUCUUCUGAUAAAACAUCAACAAAUUAAAUAACUAUUUUUUAUUAGUAAAUUAUAAAAAUUUAAUAAAAUUUACUAAGUGAGAGAAAUUUGACACUGAGUUCUUUCUUCGUAAAUGAGUGGAUGAUGAAAUACAACCUUUGAGACGUGUUAUAUUUCAUUGAGAUAUCGACGAGUAUUGUUAACGCUACGUUGAAGAAUUCAGUUAUGGAAGUGGCUUUUCAAUUGAAAGAGCGAUAUUUUAGCAGAAACUGAGAUAAUCGCCCGAACUUUUGAUUAUUUUUUUUCCGCUCAUUAUCAAUAAAAUUUUACUUUCAAGUGUUAUGUACGUAAUUGCAUUUUAUCAAAAAUUAUCUUUUGUUCGACUUUGAUUAACAUAAUGAGGUAAUAAUUUUAUCAUAACGAAACACGGUUAAUGCAAGUGUCUGUUCUCGAUACCGCGUGUCUUUUACAAAACAACAUAUCGAGAGCGAAUUUGAGACACUCGUGAGUGAGCCAACAAUCAAGGAUUGAAAACAUCUGUUAACUGUGUUCGAGAAAGAAGUUAUCUUGAGAUAAACGCAACUUGAGAAGUUAUCCUGAGAUAAACGCAAGAUGCUGAGUCAUCGGUUGAGCAACCGAAGAUUGAUGGUCGAUGGCCUCGCGCUGAUGUUUGGCCUAGGCGCUUGGAUCGGUGUGAACGGAAUCUAUGUGCAAUUACCUCUCAUAGUGCACACUGCUCCGGAAGGAUGGAGUCUACCCGCUCACAUGGUGAUGCUGGUGCAGUUUGCCAAUUUGGGACCUAUAUUAUACACUUUAUACAUAAAAUAUUCUGCUUGGGCUUACGACAGAUACAUUAUUUACACCUUGCUGGGAGCAGGAACCUGUGCCUGUGUUGCAUUGAGUUACCUGUAUGAUUACACUUCCUAUAUAUUCAGCAAGGAGCACUCAACUGCCUUACUCUCGCUCAUGUUUGUAACAGCCCUGGUUGGAUGUACAAGCUCAGUGCUCUUUAUGCCCUACAUGAGGAAUUACAGAGAGAUUUAUCUGGUGUCUUAUCUGGUCGGAGAAGGUCUGAGUGGAUUUAUACCGAGCACAGUUGCGCUGGUUCAAGGAGUAGGCAGCAAUCAAGGAUGUAUCAACGUUACUAAGCCAGACUCGAAUCAUCUGGAGUUCAUCCCAGCUUCGUCCGAUCCGAGAUUCUCGUCUCAGAUAUUUUUUAUUUUUAUCGGGACUCUGUUAUGUCUAAGUUUUCUCUCAUUUGUAGGCUUGAACAUUUUACCCAUAGCACUUGGAGAACGUGUCAAACUUCCGAGCAGUAUGGAAACGUUGCCUACCGACACAACAGCGCCGCCGAGCUACAAAACUAACUCCGGCUGGAAAAUGCCAAAACACACUUACUAUUAUUUAUUAGUCAUGAUGGCUGUAAUCUGUUUGCUCGGCAAUGGUACUUUACCGAGCAUACAAUCGUAUUCCUGUCUACCAUAUGGCAGCGUAGCGUAUCAUUUGACAGUCACGUUGGCUUCCAUAGCCGGUCCAUUAGCUAUGUCUUUAGGUUUCUUUAUACAAACGCCCGAAGUCAAGUUACUUAAUAUUCUUACGGCGAUUUCGCUGGUACUUUCCGGUUUCGUAUUGUAUUUAGCCGCGAAAUCGCCUAAUCCUCCCUUGCAACAUUCUUGGAUGGGUGAAUUUAUGGUAGUGCUUGUGUGGAUUAUACUUAACGGUUUGAUAGGAUUUGUGAAGAUGGGCAUUACAACGCUGUAUCGGCCCGAUCCGGGAAGAGGUCUUUACUACACCGGCGUCGCGACGCAAAUCGGAUCUCUUAUAGGCGCAAUCACCACGUUCUGUUUGGUCAAUUACGCGAAAAUAUUUCAAGAUUAUAAUCCGUGCGCAUAUCUUUCAGGAGAUUGAACAUAUCUUGUACUUAGUUCUUUCAAUUAUUUGCAAUGAUAAUAUUAGUAACAAAUUUGAAUUUUUUUACUAUUAUGGUGGAUAGCAAUUUGGUAACAUUUCUUAAUAACCACUGCUAAUUAUCUGCAUGCAAAGUGUGUAAUUAUGAUCUGUAAGGCUUAACAAAGUUUUAAUGACAUUUAUUACUCAUUUACUAUAUUAAGUAUAUUUAGCGAACGGAAGAAACAAAUUUAUUUGAUUCUUUUUUUUUUACGAAUGCGUUCUAGCAUUAUAAACAUUCGUAUACAUGCAACAAAUUAUUAUGAUGAUUUUUAUUUAUCACAUAAUAAUAUACUUGCACGUACGCAAUUCCGUUCUAUUUUGCAUUAUAAUGCAAACAUGACUUAACAUAUGAUAUCAUUUAAUCAAGAUUUAAAAAGAAACAUGGAAAAGUAUUUUUAUAAAAAUAAAAUAUGUAGAUAUAUAUAUAUGUAUAU